CUUUCGUCUGCCAAAUAACCCAUCUUACGUACACGAAUUUUGCGCUAAUAAACAGUAUUAUCCAGGAAGCUGUUCAUCCUAUUUAAACACUGUGGAACAAAGCUACGGUUCCACAAAUGUUUCUGCAUGCUGGAUUGAUGGUUAUAUUAGGUUUCGUCCCAUGGAGAAUGGAGCACCGCUAGUCUUGCGUAAAGCGCCAUUAGGAUUAUUAAAAGCUUUGGAAUGGAACGAAUGGAAAGAUUAUCAAGGAAUUGAUGGAGUACUUGGCUUAGCGGCGCUGCACAUUUCUAGACGAUCUGUAAGAGGAGUUUCUGUUAUUCCUGGAAAUAAUAAUCGAGUGAAUUCGGACUAUAGUCUGCUUAGAUGGGCUAUAUUUAAAAAGAAAAUCGAAUCGCCAAUUGCUAUCGCAUUGCCACCGUUGGUAAAGAAACGCUUCAUUU